AGUAACAAGACAAUGGCUGCGCAACGAUUGGAUAUACUCAUGGACGACAAAAGGCAAAGAACAAAAGAAGAUUCUAAAGAUACUACAUGAAUUUACUGAACGGAUUAUUGCGGAAAGGAAAUUUUAUCAUGAACGCACUAAUGGUCGAUUUUUGAAAAAUUUUGAUGAUGUCUCAUCGGUAAAAGAAGAUGAUGUACAAACGAUGGGAAUACGAAAGAAACGACUUGCAUUGUUGGAUCUUCUAAUAGCGGCAUCUCGAGAGGGUCUUUUAACUGAUUCAGAUAUCAGAGAGGAAGUCGAUACUUUUAUGUUUGAAGGUCAUGACACAACAGCGAUGGGUAUAUUCUUUUUAUUAUUACUUUUGGCUGAGCACAAAGAUAUUCAG